CUCUGCCGUUCCAUGUUCUCGUUGCCCCCGAUCCACGACCCGAUACCCUCUCCAUUGCCAUCCGGGGUGUCUUGGACAAGCGAUCGCUACAACAAAGUUGAUAUUCUCACCCACUUGAUUGCAAUCUGUCCUUUCUCUUCAUCUCACCUCUCACUCAACACCACGAUAUUUAUAUCCAACCGCCUGAAAACUCAGCUUCAUCGCACAUAGUGGCACAUCAGCUUCUUAUCUCAUCGUUCCCCCAGCCCACUCCAGCCCACCUGCACCUUGGCACAUCAGGCCACACACGGUUAUUUGCCCACCGAGAGGGGUCUCCACGGCGUAAUCUGUCCUUGUUCCUUUAAAUUGGCCUGCGUCCUUUGUCGCGCUGAUCGUCUCCAACGAGCGCCCUUCUCAAUCCAAACUUUGUAGAAGAACAAUCCUCUCCUUGCCCUCCGUUGAGCCACUUCAAUCGCUCACCAUGGCUCAAGUCGACACUCUGGACAUUAUUGUCCUGGUGGUGCUCCUGGUGGGUAGCAUUGCCUACUUCACCAAGGGCACCUACUGGGGUGUCCCCAAGGACCCCUAUGCCACCUCUGCCAUGAACGGCAGUGCCGCAAAGAAAGGUUCCCGCAAUAUUGUGGAAAAGAUGGAUGAAUUGAACAAGAAUUGUGUCAUCUUCUACGGUUCGCAGACUGGUACCGCUGAGGACUAUGCUUCUCGUCUGGCCAAGGAAGGACAUGCCCGCUUCGGCCUCAGCACCAUGACCGCGGAUUUGGAAGAUUAUGACUAUGAGAACCUUGACAGUUUUCCAGACGACAAGAUUGCUUUCUUCGUCAUGGCUACUUACGGCGAGGGUGAGCCUACGGACAACGCUGUCGAAUUCUGGGAGUUCAUCAACAGCGACCCUCCCUCCUUUUCCAACGAUUCCGAAGACAAACCAUUGGGCAACCUGAAGUACGUCGCUUUUGGCCUAGGAAACAACACAUAUGAGCACUACAACUUGAUGGUUCGCAAUUUGGACAAGAUUCUGACCAAGCUGGGCGCAAAGAGAAUCGGUGACGCUGGCGAAGGUGACGACGGUGCUGGUACCAUGGAAGAAGACUUCUUGGCCUGGAAAGAGCCCAUGUGGGCUGCUCUGGCCAAAGAAAUGGGUCUUGAGGAACGCGAAGCCGUCUACGAACCAGUCUUUUCUGUUGAAGAGCGAGAAGAUCUUUCAGCGGAAGAUGACACUGUCUAUCUUGGUGAGCCCAACAAGAACCACCUAGAGGGCUCGCAGAAAGGACCUUACAAUGCCCACAACCCAUUCAUCGCACCCAUUGCCGAAUCCCGUGAGCUCUUCACCGUCAAGGAUCGCAACUGUCUUCACAUGGAGAUCGAUGUUUCUGGCUCAGGAUUGUCGUACACCACUGGUGAUCAUAUCGCAGUUUGGCCCACCAACGCAGGCAUGGAAGUCGAUCGUUUCUUGAAGACUUUUGGUUUGGAUGGGAAGAGACACACGGUCAUCAACAUGAAGGGUUUGGAUCCCACGGCCAAGGUGCCUUUCCCCGUUCCGACCACCUACGAUGCCGCUGUCCGUUACCACAUGGAAAUCUGCGCCCCGGUCUCCCGUCAAUUCUUGUCCACCCUCGCUGCCUUCGCUCCCGACGAGGCGUCCAAGAAGGAAAUGACCCGAUUGGGCUCAGACGCUGAUUACUUCAAAGAGAAGGCUGCCUCGCAAAUGCUCAACAUCGCCCAGAUUGUCUCGUCCGUCAGUUCUGAACCCUGGUCCGCGGUUCCAUUCUCCGCCCUGGUCGAAGGUCUCACCAAGCUUCAACCACGUUACUACUCUAUCUCAUCGUCGUCCUUGGUACAGCCAAACAAGAUCUCCAUCACCGCCGUUGUCGAGUCGAUACGCGUUCCAGGUGCUGGUCACAUUGUCAAGGGCGUCACCACCAAUUACCUUCUCGCCCUCAAACAGAAGCAAAACGGCGACCCCGAACCAUCCCCACACGGUCUGACCUACUCGAUUACCGGUCCACGCAACAAGUAUGAUGGUAUCCAUGUCCCGGUGCACGUCCGUCACUCCAACUUCAAAUUGCCAUCCAACCCUUCCAAGCCUGUCAUCAUGGUUGGUCCUGGUACAGGUGUUGCUCCUUUCCGUGGAUUCGUUCAAGAACGUGCCGAGCAAGCUAAGAAGGGCGAGGAAGUCGGCACAACGGUUCUCUUCUACGGCUGCAGAAGAUCGACCGAGGACUGGCUUUACAAGGCGGAGUGGGAUGAAUUCAAGAAGGCUCUAGGUGACAAACUCAUCAUCUUCAACGCGUUCUCCCGAGAAACCUCCAAGAAAGUCUACGUCCAACAUCUGAUCAAGGAAAACGGAAAGCUGAUUAACGAUCUACUCCAACAAAAGGCCAACUUCUACGUCUGUGGUGAUGCAGCUCACAUGGCUCGAGAAGUUAAUGAUGUUUUGGGACAAAUCAUUGCUACCGAAAGAGGAGUGGACGAGAAGAAGGCAGAACAAGUGGUCAAGAGCAUGCGCAGCAGUGGUGUGUAUCAGGAAGAUGUGUGGUCGUAGACUGCGUUUCUGCAUGAGAGACUCCCGAGGAUCCCAUUUCUGUUGUUCAGGGAGCUCCUCGCGACCUAUGGCUGUGUCCGAGGAAGAAUGUCAACAUCGAAUGAAAAUCCACACCGCUGCUAUGCAGUUCACUAUUGUGGCCUCAGUGAUGUUUGAGAGACAUCCUCGGAGUCUCUUUCUGGUGGAAACAUGGAACACAGUAGUCGGGAUGAUUUCUGCGAGAAUCAUCGAUAACCGGGCAUGUGAUCUGUGUCCGGCACCCAGCGUUGACGGUUGUUCGACCUGGGGAAGCGGGAAGGGGGAAUUAUCGGGGAGUCGCCUGUGAGGCCGGGGAGAAAAAAAAAAGACGACUGGCAUGUUUAGCGCGGGGUUCCAAAUGGUCGACAUUGAGAGAACGUGUGGGGACGACGACAAUUCGCAGCCUGAACAUCCCGGUAGAGAGAAAACGAUCAUCCAAAAAAAAGCCCCGACAGAACAGCGACAAAAGCGAUUUUCAUCCCGCCCAUCGCCUCAUCGCCUCAUCACAAGCGUCGUGGGGUUCAUGGGUUUUCCAGAUCCGGCCUUGUUUAUUUCGCAUUCCGGUGGGGCCGCAUUUUCCUUCCCCAUGAGAGCUUGUCUACACCUCCUGCUUUCUGCAGGAGCGUUAUACAAGGCUUUCAGGAUGUUUGAACUUUGCUCUUGUGUCGUUGGCUGGAAGCCUGAUACCAUUUCUAUUUGUAUAGGGUUGUCGAUGAUUGACGGAGUUUUUUUUUUCGUUCAAUGGCACACACUCGCAUGCAUAUAUAUAUACCUUGAGUUUUAUUAGAAAUGACCACACCAAAUAUGAAAUAUUCCGG